CUGAUGCGGGGGGAUGGGGGUGUCUGUAGGCUACAAAUGCAUAAAAGCAGCUGAUGACUUUACAGCUGACGGGCAGUGGAAGGGCCAGAUGAAAAGGUGCAUUCCCCCUAAAACGCGAGGCAUCGCGGCUCUCGGAGAUCCCCCCCUUUCAUGUGACUGUCGCUACCAGACUGUGGACUUGUAGUAAAGCUGCUCUGCUCGUGUUGAUGGAGGGGGUGCCUUCUUCCUCCUACCAGUCCUGAUGUGAACUAGAGCUGGUGAGACACGAGUGGAAAGAGGCAGUCAAGCUGGUCGUCUCGCAGAUUUCACCAAGAUGGCUUGGAGAGGAGGGAGGACGCGGUCGCUGUGUCGACCAGCUCAUUGUUUAUUCUAGAGCUGGCGUUGUUUCUGGCCGGUGGACGCAAAGGACGAGAAAAGGUGAUGACCUGGAUGGUGCCAUGUGAAUGACCGAAGACCAUGAAGCCCACACACAAGCUGCUGUUCAUCUUCUGCCCGAUGCUGGUCCUGGGCUUUAUUUACUACUCUUCUGGCAAGCUGCAUCUACACGUAUGGGGUCAGAAGCCUCAGAGGGCUGCAGAAGGGACCACUGUAAUCAAGACUAAAGGUGCUGAAGGGAAAAGUAUUACAGAGUUGGAACCGGACUUCUACGGUGGACGAAUAGUAAGCUCAGUGUACGAUAAGCAGGGCUUCUUGCUGCAACUGGACACGAAGCUGCCACCGGAGUUGGCAUACAAGUAUGGCAACCUCAGCGAAGGAGUGUGCAAGCCAGGUUACGCAGCAGCCAAGAUGACUGCCAUCUUUCCUAAGUUCGUGAAACCAGCACCCAUGUUUCUCGAUCGGAACUUCAAACGUCUGGCAAAAGUCAACAGUUACUUACCUCCGUUUGGUUUCAGGACACAAGAAAGAAUAAUAGACAGCAUUUUAACAAUCACGAAAAAUUACGGCCUCGGAGAAGAGCUGGACAGCCUCAGCUGUAAAAGAUGCAUUAUUGUGGGGAACGGUGGAAUCCUCUUCAACAAGUCUCUGGGCUCCCGCAUAGAUGACUACGACGUAGUAGUGAGGUUAAAUGAAGCCCCAGUAAGUGGUUACAGCAAAGACGUGGGGACGAAAACCACCUUAAGGAUUACAUAUCCAGAGGGGGCCAUCCAGAAGCCUGAAAGCUAUGAAAAAGACUCUCUUUUUGUUUUUUCUGCUUUCAAACCACUUGAUUUCAAGUGGCUCAGGCAUAUGGUCUUCAAGGAGAAACUGAGGGGCACAGAGGGAUUUUGGAAGUCUGUGGCUCGCUCGGUGCCCCGGGAGCCAAGCGAGAUGAGAAUCCUCAACCCUUACUUCAUCCAGGAGGCUGCUUUCCAGUUCAUAGGCCUGCCCAUGAACAAUGGUCAGAUGGGCAAAGGGAACAUUCCAACUUUAGGAACAGUUGCUAUAACGAUGGCGCUUCACAACUGCGACGAGGUGGCGGUGGCCGGCUUCGGCUACGACAUGAACACCCCGCACGCGCCUCUGCACUACUACGAGACCGUCAAGAUGUCCGCCAUCAAAGAGUCUUGGACACACAACAUAUCCAAGGAGAAGGAGUUCCUCCGCAAGCUGGUGAGGGCCAACGUUAUCACAGACCUGACCAACGGUAUCUGAGUUUACACCCACCCACUCUCCCUCUGCCGUUCCCUAAGGACUGCAAAAACAGAAAAAAAUGGGAAAUGGAUGGACUCACGGAGAAAAGAAAACUCCUUAGAAUUUGGGUGGCCUGAACACUGCCGCUUUUUUAAUAUAUAUACAUACAUAUAUAUAUAUAUUGAAGGAGAUUAUAUGAAAGAAACACAGGAUGGUUUCUGUGGAGAGAUGCACACGUGUGCCUUCUGAACCAAAGACUCCUGCGAUGGACUGGGUCUGCCUUGUUCCUGUCUUAUCAGAGAGAGACAGACACGGGAAAUCUUCAGCAUUUACCACUUCAAACAUCUGUAUCGCGUGAAUGACAAGUAUGAGCAGAGGUGACGCCUAGGAGGUCCGCGUUACCCUGGCGACUGGACAGGAGCUAUAGGGAUGAGCUGUAACUGUAGUGUUUGGAUGGGCUGAGUGUUAGCGGUGCCAAACGUACCUCGUACAGGGGAGAGGUCAUCCCCCUCUCCUUUUGCUACCUGAAUGUAUUCACUUUCUUCAGUGUAAAUAUCAAAGAUUUCUACCGUGUGUUGUAAUGAGCUGCAGCACCCCCCCACCCCCCCCCCCACAUAUCAUUUGUCCAUUCCUUCGUUUAUUUAUUGCGUCAUUCAUCCCCCAGCUCUGAAUGAACGCCGAAAGCCAGAAGACACCUGCCACUUGCUUUGAGACACUAAUGCUGAGAGCAGUAAAGAUCCACCUCUAAACUCUAAAUCUGGUACUAUGAUUCAUGAUUCCAGCCUUGUAAGGUUUUCUACACUAAAUAAGUCUGAAAGCACCUAUCAGGAAAAAAGGUGCGUGCUCAUUCCAGGCACUCUAGUUCGUGUUGAACGGCUUUAUUUUAGUGAAGUAAAAUUUGGACACAGCGUUGCGUCCUUUCUGCAUCGUUCCCGUACACGGUACUGUCCUCAUUACUUCAUGUGCCUCAGCAUAGAUGCUCUGCCCUGAUCAGGGGCCCUGUUCCAGCCUCCCGCUGCUGCAGUUGUUCUUCAGUAAAUGGUGAAAUCUUGGAUCGUAGAAUAUAAAUAUAUAUAUUUUUGUUUUUAGGGUUGAUUUUAAUUAUUUAUUUUGUUACAAAAAUCCCAGCAUUAUGGCCACAGGUGGGCCUGCUUACUGUUACAAACGUUUCCAUUUGUGUUUUAGACUUUAGAGUUCACCACCACGUGCUUCCUCUGAGACUGCAUCAACAAGCUUGUGGCAGAAGCAGCGUUCUGCUCUCGGUCGGCCUAGUAGUAAAUGUCGGCGUUUUUGUGACUUAUGAGUUGUGUGUUACCUUCUUGCUUUUGUGUCGUAGUCGCACACAACAGGAAUUUAAUUUUCUCGAUGUUCGGGGAAACCGAGGCUGACAAUAGCUCAAUCUGACGUCGGUGUCACGGGCACUGAUCAGACCUACGCACUUUGCAGAUGAUGGUUCUGCCACAUGCUCGACAGUAUUUUAACAGUGGGAGUGUUCUUUUUUUUUUUUUCUUUUUCUUUUUCUUUUUUGUACACUAUCGAACAUUUUGCUUUUCUAUUUUUACUCCCAUAAAAAAAAAAAAACAAUCUAUUUGAGAAUGUUACAUGCGUUUCUUGUAUUAUCAUAUGAACUCUGUUAUCAGCUUUAUCUAGUGAUGGUGCAUUUUAGAUUUUGCUUUACCAAAAGAGGAAUUUUCUUUGUUUUUCUCUGAUUUUCUUUCCGUUUUUACUUCUUCUUGACUGUACACAUACAAUACCAACAUACGCUGAUAUGCAUUACUCUCAAUCAGUAAUCUACUAUUGUUGCUUGUUUCUUAGUCUCCACAAUUGCUGCUGGUAUCGUGUAGCAGCAGGUCCCUUCAGUACUGUCAGCUGGAUAUGAAGAAAAGGAACACUUGUUGAACAACUGGGUCCUCUGUGGGAUGAUUGUUGUUGUUGUUGUUGUUUUUUUUUUGUAGAGUAAAGGCAGAGGAAGAGCUGAUCAUUGCACUAUCACGAGGCACUCUCAGUGCCUUACACCUCAUCACCUGAAAACUGUAGCGAGGAGUGUGACACAGGAUAGUGACUGCAGCUGGUCCGAUGUGUCGCCGCAGCUUUAGGUCAGGACUCCUCAUUUCUGUGAUCCGGGACCAGUCCAUUUUAUACGCGUUACUGUAUGCACAUUAUUUACAGACUCGUAGCCUUGUACCGGUGGUAUGUUUUGGGCUAUAAGAACUUCUCUUUUGUCCCUCACUCCGCUCCCCUCCUUCUGUUACAAUCUCUGUCAUCUAUUUCUUCCCUUUUCACCUGCUCAAUACGGACAUGGAUCCUGUUUCACUAGAGGCCACAAGGGACCCAUUUGAGACUUGUUGCACACACAAUAAACACACAGGGCUAUUCAGCAGCAGCAUUGACACCACGGACAUAAACACGAACACCACUGUAGCCAAGGAGGGUAUUUCUCAAAAUCGGUGUCUGCAUAAAAAAAAUUCAAUUCAAUAAACACCUUAUUUGUCCUCAAUUUAUAAGACGUAGAGGCAGCAUCACAAGGACGGACGAGGCAACAAACAAUAUAAAAGCGAGUAAAGCGGUGAAAUAUCUCCAGCCACCGUCAAUAAAGUGACCAUUAAUAACAUGAAACACGUAUUAAGGGUGUCAAAGCUUUCCUGUUAAAGGCUUAACCUUAACCUGGUUUGUAGUCAUCAUUUUAAGGAAUAACGGAGGAGCUGAAAUGGAUUGGACCCAGAUCACCUCGUCCCUUUCACAAUGAACCAGAAUGUAUGUGCUCUCAUUCUUCAUAUCACCACCAGUGGUACAUGAUCAAAAGUGUUUCUUUUUUUUAUAUACAGCUAUGAAUGGAUUUCUGAGAUGAAUCAAUAAAUACAUUUGUAAUGGA